AUGCUCUUCCUCAGGAUGCGUCCUAAAGCACCCGUUGCUUCCGAUGAACCACUGCAAAGCGACUCAAGAACGAGCCAAUGGUCUCGUAAUGGCAGUUCUCAUGACCCUGCGCGCAAUCCUGGACUCACGCCGGGAUUGACCACCAGCGAGACCAACUCCACGUCCAGCUACCAUGCUUCUCCCAGCACGCCCCAUCUCACCGGAAACGGCCUGGGUGGACCUCAAAGGAACAAAAUUGUGUAUACCAUAGAGGAAAUGACGGAUAUAUACCAGAAUUUAAAAUCCAGAGACCGGCUGAUUGACGGCGAGUCGGACCAGCCAUACAGAAGUCUCCAGCUGAACAUUCCGUUGCAUGCCCGCGAAACGGUGAAAACUCAACGAAAAAACAAGCAUUCUGCUCGAGACACUCCGGAUGUGGUAUCUGAUUCGCUGGCUCAGCUGUCGUUGAACGGUGGUGCCAAAGACCAGUGGAAUCGGGCUGAUCCCAGAGGUGGUGAUCCAAGAGGUGACCCAGGCUUCUCGUUCAACUCCCCACAACUGGUACAUUCGCCGGCUUUCAACAUUCCGCAGCAACCCAAGUUGAUCGUGGACCCUUCCCAAAUCUUUUGGGUGUAUUUGGAUGCUUCUGGAAACGAACAGGGUCCGUUCGACGGAACCAUGAUGCAGGGCUGGUACUCAGCAGGAUAUCUCCAGCCAGACUUGAGACUCCGUCGCAAAGAGUCGAACGCGUACCAGUCGCUUGGCGAAUUUGCACACUCCAUCAACGACUUUGUUACGCCGUUUUUGGUGCCUCUUCCGGACCUGUCUGCUCCUCCAGCUCAGGCUAACGUCUUCAACGCAUACCAGCCGUUUAGAUCUUCUUAUGGCCAACACCUUCAACAGCCUCAGGACGCCUGGGGACUGGCAGUUCCGCAGAAUGGAAACUGGCAGAACCAGCAAUUGAGCCAGCAAUUGAGCCAGCAGCAAUCCUCGUUCUUCCAGCAGCAAGCUCCGGUUGCGCAGGCUUAUCAGAGCCCUGCUGCCGUGUCCCGUGACAUGUUUGCAGACCUUCAAUCUCGGGUCUUAAACAAUGUUUUUGACGAAGAAGAAAGUCAUGAAGUGAAGGUCGAAACAUACGAGAUCCCUCAGUUGGAAUCCCAUUCUGUCGAUGUUGGUGAGACUGGUCGUGAGACUGUCCAAGAGCCUGUCCAACAGCCCGUCCAACAGCCCGUUCAACAACAUGUUGAGCCUGCUGAGCCUGCUAAACCUGCUCAGACCGUUCAGACUGUUCAACACGUUCAUCAGCAAACUCCUCAGCAAAUUUCAGAGCCUUCCCACGCUUCUGCCGUCCCCCAAGCUCCACAACCCUCCACCACCCAGGCCCCAACCCAGCCCAAAUUAUCUGUCCAAAUUCCCCCUGAACCCAAACAAAAACCAGUCCAUGUUCAGGUUUCAACUACAAAGACUGCUAGUCCAAUCACGCCUGCUGCUCCGGUGCCGGCUCCGUGGGCCGCGGCUGCUGUUGCUGCCCCAGUGGUAUCAGCACCAGGUCUCUCGCUUGCUGAGAUCCAAGAGCAAGAGAAAAAGGACAGGCUUCGCCAGAAAGAGCUGGAGGAAAAGAAUCGCUCGCUCCUAUUGGCCCAGCGUCUUGCUGACGAAGAAGCUGCUGCAGUUCACACCAUGAUGCCGGAUAUUCGUUCCUCCUCGACUGCUAGAUGGGCCAAUUCCAGCACUCCAGCCAAAGAAAAGGUACAGUCACUAGCUGAAAUUCACCGUCUUGAAGCAGAGGAGGCUGCUAAGAAGACCAACCAGGCAUCCAAGGCCGCAGCUGCUUUGGCUGCUAAGACUUCGUUUGCUGCCAUCGCCAGCUCUUCUGGAACAGAUGCCUGGACCGUGGUCGGCUCGAAGAAACCUGUGGCCAAGCCAAAUGCUCCGAUUAAGAGGGCUCCCACUGCUGUUGCAACGCCGGCUCUUUUGCGCAGCGUUUCUGCUGUUUCUUCGGCCGUUUCGUCGGCUCCAGUGGUGUCCCGUCCGGCUGCUUCCUCGACAUAUUCAACUCCUUCUGCUCCAUCGGCUCCAUCACCUUCGCGUGAGUUCCUUGAUUGGUGCAGAACUCAAUUUAACAGUCUGAACAGUGGAGUUAAGCGUGAGGAGUUGCUUUCAAUCAUGCUUCAGAUGCCUUCAUCCUCUGCUGAGACCCAGGAGAUCAUUGCUGAUACAGUGUACUCGAAUUCUUCCGUUAUGGAUGGACGUCGUUUUGCACAGGAGUUCAUGAAGCGUCGUAGAGCUGUUGAAGCCAUUGUGAAACGUCAAGGUAUGGAUUUUUCAUGGCAGGAAGCCCAGGCCCGGUCCGACAUCACCAAGGCUGCUGAGUAUGAUGACGACGAUGAUUGGAGUUCUCCUUUCACCAAGGUUGUCUCGAAGAAGAACAAGAGGAGGAGCUGA